CCAAGAAAAUUGUGUAAUCGAAUUCUAUAGCAUGGUUGGUAUUUUCUCCAGAUUUUCUGUUGUUAGAGGCGGCCAUAGGAGAACACAGAGUGCCAUCGAUGGCAGGGAAGUAUUGUCCCCAAGCUCUGAUCUUGCACCUUCAGCUAACACCACAACCGCUGCAACUCAUGGGAUCGAAGUAGCAACAGAGUUUAAACCGGUGGACCAUCCGAUGGAGCCUUUGGACAACGAUCAACCGAUCCAAUGUCCACUCCCGGAGCCAUCCAUUCUCAACUGUAUGAUUCUUGAAAAAGAUGGGAGACUCUGGAAAGAUAGAGUGUCGGCUUCUUCGAUGAGGAGACGAGGUGAUUUGGCGAAUGUCCAAGAUGGGAUGGAUGAAGAAUCUGAUGUUUCUGUGACCAUUUCAUCACGGACUAGCCAAUGCAAUACCAAUCGUCCGAUCUUGCCUUCACUCAGUGCUCCCGAACACGACUUGCUUAAUCUACUAGAAGAAUGCAAAGUAUCUGGUAGUAUCUAAGAACCUGCAGGGAUGGUCUAGACUCUUUUUACAAUUUAUGUGUAAGAACAAAACCAACUCAUAGUGAAUGUUCUUAUAUUUAACUAAAAUCAGCCACUUGAUCAUGCCCUGUGAACAUAAAAGAGACAUUGUAUAUCCAAUGUUUUCCCAAUUAAGAGCGUUUCGUUUC